AUGUCCCAAGGAGGAGCAGCAGCAUGCAAAGCUGCCAAGCCCCAGGACCGGGGAUGGGCAUGGAUGGUCCUGCUCGCCGCAGUGCUGCUGCAGGGGCUGACACUGGGCUUCCCCUCCUGCAUCGGUGUCUUCUUCAAGGACCUCCAGCACGAGUUCCAGGCCAGCAAUAGCGAGACGUCAUGGUUCCCAUCCAUCAUGGUGGCCGUGCUGCAUGGAGGCGGGCCCCUCUGCAGCAUCUUGGUGAAGCGAUUUGGCUGCAGGUUUGCUGUGAUGCUGGGAGGCCUGCUCAGUGGAGUGGGCAUGGUGUCCAGCUCCUUCUGCAAGUCCAUCAGCCAGCUCUACUUAACAGCUGGCCUCAUUACUGGUCUGGGAUCAUGCUUCAGCUUCCAGGCAGGAGUGACUGCGCUGGGCUACUACUUUGUACGGUGGCGAACGCUGGCCAAUGCCAUGGCAUCCACCGGUGUCUCUCUUGGUUUCACGCUGUGGCCGCUGCUUUCUCAAUACUUGCUGGAUGAGAUGGGCUGGAGAAACACUUUUCUUAUCUUUGGAGGAAUACUAUUGAACUGUUGUGUUUGUGGAGCCAUCAUGAGACCAGUUCAGCUUGCAUCAGGGUCACCACUACAGUCACCCAAGCUUGGAGAGGAGCCAGGGAGAAGAGCAGAAGAGGCACAGCUGUCCAAUGGAGCAUCUUCUCCCCACCCCAAGCUCCAGCAGCAAACCAGAAGGACUGCAUGCUUCCAGAUGCUGCAGAAGUACCUGGCUUUUGACAUCUUCUGUCAAAACAAAGGUUACCAGAUUUACACUAUUGGAGUGACCUGGAUGAUGAUGGGGUUUGCAUUACCCCAUGUCUACCUUGUGCCUUAUGCCAUCCAGAAUGGGGUGGAGGAACGCAGGGCAGCCCUCCUCAUCUCCAUUAUCGGGUUCAUCAACAUCUUCAUACGCCCUUUGACAGGGCUCCUCUCAGGACACAGAGUCUUCACAGGGAGACGCAUCUACCUGUUCAGCCUGGCUGUGCUCCUCUGCGGGCUGAGCAAUUUCAUUUGUGUCACUUCAGCCGAGUUCAGUGUGCUCAUCGUCUACUGCGUCAUCCUCAGUAUAGCCAUGAGUGGCAUCGGGGCACUCACCUUCCAGGUGCUGAUGGACGUGGUGGAGAUGGACAGGUUCUCGAGUGCUCUAGGGCUCUUCACGAUCCUGGAGAGUAUCACCCUCCUCAUCGGGCCCCCUCUCACAGGUCUGCUGGUAGACAUAACUAGUGAUUUCCACUAUGUCUUCUACAACUCCAGUUUCUUUCUAAUAUCAGCUGCAUUAUUCAUGGGGUUCAGUUUCUGUGCUCUGGAAAAAAAAACCAAAUUGAAAGAGGCUUCAAAAGUACCUUUGGAUAAUGCCUCCAGAUAUGAAUACAAUGAAAUGCCAACUGAACCACAGUCUGAAAGUCAGUCCCCUCCAGCUGUUGUGUACAUCACAAGCAUAUGAAAAGAAAGAAAAGAAGAAAAAAAAAAAGAGGAACACAAACGAUUAUGCGGCCUGUACAAAGCUACUCAAGGCCCAGCACUGAUGGCAGAUGAGAAAACAACCGUCUGCUUCCCACAACUGUCGUCAUCCUUCUGCCCUGCACUUCCACUCCAUGGGGCUGUGUCAGACUCCAAGCGAGUGAUCCAGACCAGAGGCUGAGCCCCAGACCCAGCACCAGCCAAAGAGCCGAGGGACAAAGAGAACUGCGCACUCGUAAAGCAAACCAUGGGAUAACGGCCAUGGUAACCAGCGCUGAGACAAAAGCUGUGUCAGUUCAAUUGGUUUAAGUCAGUGCCUUUAAGAAGCCACUGGACUUUCGGAUGCACGUUUCAGAAGGUAGCACUGGGCAGUACAUAUUAAUGGCUAUGCACAAGGGUAGUUCUUUCACAAAGGAGCGUUAUUGCCUCGUCUGAAUGUGCAAUUUUGGUGCAGACUUAGGUGAAGUUUCCCGGUUGCUUCCCAUGUUGGGGGUGGCAAGACAAACACUUUCCACAGGAAGCAUGUUAUUAUUUUCCACAUCUCUAAAUAUUAUAUGGAGGCUGCUGCAUAGGUUGCAGAACUCAACCAAGCCUCUAAUAAGAUCAGAUAUUUUCUCCUAUGAGAUAUAUAUAUGAGUUCUUCAUGCCAAGGGCAUUUUCAAAGCCUCAAAGAUUCAACUUCAAAGCAUCAAAAAGAAAAAACCACUCAAACCUUAAAGAGUGCCUGCUUUGUAAAACUAGUAAUAUCUCAAGUACUUUUUGAUAUAUCAUAAAACAGGAUUCAUGGCUUCUGUAAAUACACAGCAUUAACUGGGAUCCAAUGGGGGGGGCAGGAAAAGUGUUACUAGACAUAAGCAUUCAGCCUUAUAUAGGUCCAAAUUCAAAGCCAUCAUAGUUCCCCCUUGUGUAAAUUAAUUUAGUCUUAGAUUCUCAGACUUAAUUACCACUACCAUUCUCAUUAUAGAGAAGUUUGCACAAGUAUAGCUUAGAUUUCUUAUAAGCACAGGCAUAACUUACAAAGAAAUCUGUGCGGAAAAGUAUACUGAGAAAAGUCAGUGUUACUGACUUUCAUAUCCAUACAGCCUUGACUGUAAGUAGCUUUUCUUGCUACGCUCCUGGCAGUUACACUUGUAAGUACUAAGAUGACAGCUGCAUUGGCCUCUAGCCUCCCUAGGCAUCAGCUCGAGUUGCAAACUGUUUAGAUUCUGCAUCAUUCCUGAUCUGACAGAAGCAGAUAACAGCUCAUAAAGCACUACAGAUGAAGAUUACUCAACACAUUAGAACCACCAGAAAGAUGAAAGCAUAAACUGGGAGUGAAAUGGAAGAAGUAACAGCAUUCAACUCAGCUACAGUGUUUAUCUUGAGAACUGUUAUAUCAAAUUCCUAGUAAUGAAAACUGUGGUUUUGUUAGAGCUGUGGGCUCCCCAGACAAAAUAAACAAACCAACCAGAAAACCCACACUGGAGGAAACCAUUGGAAAACUGACUCUAAGGUCUUCAGAGACGAUAAUGACUUCACAGCUGGCUUUUACAGUGGAAGAGGUAUCUGUCCUUCAGAUGGAAGGUGCUCCCACAGCUCAGUAUCUUCUUCAGUACUGCUCUAGAAUUACUGAACCAGCAGCCUUUGCAUUUCCUGAUCAAACGUAUACUUAAAUGACUAGUUAGACACAUAUAUGUAUCUAAUCUCUCAUCACACGUGUUUAUUAACUUGUGUAACGGUUACAUGUCCAUAACUACAAAGUAAACAGACUGGUGCUUCUCAGCUUACUGUAACAAUGACUGCUGUACAUUCCUAGGAGAAUGAUGGAGCUUUCCCAGUCUCAAAAAAA